AUGUCAUUCUUCAAAUCAUUCAAAAACACGCGUUAUACCGCAUUGGGUCAAGAUGAUGACAAUGACGGUGCUCCCUUACCACCACCAGCAACUCAAGUAGAUUCUUCAACUUCAUUCAAAACAAAACUACAGAAAUUAAACCCCUUUAGAAACCAAUCAAUAUACCUUCAAGAUGACGAAAAUUACGCAACUUCAGAUCCAGGAAUGUUUGAAUUAUCAAGGUGGGAUAGAAUGCUUAUAUUUGCAUUAUGUUUUGCAGGGUCAUUAUGUUGUUGGUUAAUAUGUAUAUUUUUAUUUCCAAUUUUAAGUCUAAAACCUAGAAAAUUCGCCUUACUUUGGUCCUUAGGUUCAAUAUUCUUUUUAGUUAGUUUUGGAGUUUUACAGGGACCUCAAGCUUAUCUUAUUCAUUUAUUUUCAUCAACCAGAAUUAUAUUUACAAUAAUAUUCGGAGCAAGUAUCAUUUUGACCUUGAUAAGUAGUUUAAGUUUAAAAAGUACGCUUUUGUCCAUAGUGUUUGCAGCAAUCCAAUUGCUAUCUGCGGUUUGGUAUAGUGUCAGUUACUUCCCACUUGGAAAACAGACUUUGAAUUUAGCUGGUAGUGUGGCUAGAGGUCAAGUAGAUAAUUGGAUAAAUUCAUAG